AUGCUGAUUCUUGUAGGGCAUUUUUUGCUAUUUUCAUACAUGAGGAGAUUUGGAGGGAAUGGCUGGCCUUCAGAAGCUUCUUUCAUUAUUUUGACCCUGAUAAAAAAUUCUGAUGCUUCUUUAUGAGACAGAUUGAGAUCAUCACAAAUUGAGAAAAAAUCCUUGGAAAUGAUAAAUAAGGACUCAAGGUCAUAUCCAUGCUCAUCAAACUUUUUAAGCUUCUUCUUGUCGUUUCCUACGAUAUAG